AACCACCUAAUAAAUGGCCAUCAAGCGCAAGCUCUCAGACGAGGAGAGAGAGAGAGAGACAGAGAGACGAUCGUGCUCGCCUCAUCUUCAACACUAUGAGUUUCAAUUGCCUUGAAAAGGAAAUGCUGGUCUGGGCUUUUGGUAUGCUCGUUCGGACGGUCCAUCGUUUCUUGACGGCCAGGAUCAGCAGGUUCGGAUCGGAAAGAGACAAGUUUCUUGCGUGGAAGGAAGAGUUUCUUCCCGCGAUCGAAUUUCUGUUCUUCAUAGACACAAGAGAUUGAGGGUAGGAAUGUUCAAACUCUUCCGCUCAGAAGUGCCAAAGGAGACGUCUAAUCUGGUGAAAGAGAAGUCUCCAUCUGCUCCAACCACAACCAUAGCUGUUGCUGCCAGCGGAAAGAAGGAUAGCAAACUUGCUCUUAGAUGGGCUUUGGAGAACUUCAUUUCUGAUGGUAGAAGAAUUGUAUUCAAGAUCCUACAUGUACGACCAAGAAUUACAGCGGUUCCUAGCCUAAUGGGACCGAUUCCAUUAUCUACAGUUCGUGAGGAUGUAGCUUCUGCAUAUAUUGCAGAAGUCGAAUCAAAGACAAACGAGAUGCUUGCUCCCUACGAACGACUAUGUGCCCAGAGGAAGGUGGAAGCAGAGUUUUUGGUGAUUGAAGCAGAUAAUGUAGUGGUUGCAAUUUCUGCUGAAGUUGCUAAAUCUGGAAUUAAUAAGCUUGUUUUAGGCUCUUCCCCCCAUAAUGCUCUCUCAAGGAAAUUCAUUGAAAGUGAAGUACCCACAACAGAUUUGGAUUGGGAGCCACACUUCUGCUUUGUCUAUUUUGUAUCAAAAGGAAAGCUGUUGAAAGUGCAGACAGCUAGUCUACCAAUAAAUAAAGUUGCUGAAUUUGAUAAAGAUCGGCCAAGUGUCUCCUUCAACAGUUUCUCUGGUUAUGCUUCUGCCGCACAGACAGGUUAUUCAGAUGCAGUCCUAUCCAAAUCUCAGUUGCAUGCUCAAUCUUUAGUGGAUCAGCGAUAUAAGGCUCUUUUGACUGUGAAUCAAUAUAAUAACAGUGGGAUAGCUAGCGCCAUUCAUAUGGCCCAUUCUAGGACCUCACAAAUCCAUGAUGAGGGGACAUUUGCCUCUACUGGUUCUGCUCAUGCAGAAGUGCAUGAGGAGAGCAGUGGGGCAUCCGAUAAAAAAAAUUGCCAAGCAAGUAACCAUUCUGGGGCUCCCAGUCAGACUUCUUUAUCAGAUGGCCCAACAGAUUCAUCAUUCUCAAACAACGAGAUAAGUGGUGAGCUGGAAAAAAUAAGGUUUGAGCUUCAUCAUGUCCAAGAAAUGUUUAAGCUGGUCCAGGAGCAAUCUGAUACUUCCAGCAAGAUAUCUGAGCUCAGCAAUCACAAAGAUGAGCUUGAAUUGGUGACUACAGAAGAUAAAGCUAGAGAACUUCUAAAAUAUGAGAAGAAAAAACAUGAAGCUGCUGACGAGGAAGCUGAAUUUGUGAAGGUAUGCUUAGAAAGCGAGCUCGUUCCGAAGAAAGAGGCUGUAGUUAUAGCAUCAUACAAAGCCAAGGAGAAACAUAAGCUGGAAAAUGCAUGUGCUUACUUGGAUAACCAGUUUGAGAAAUUUGGAUGGGAAGAAAUAAGUUCCGCAACUUCGUCAUUCUCCGACACACUUAGGGUUGGAGAGGGGGCCUUUGGAUCUGUUUACAAGUGCACUUUGCGUCAUAUCACAGUGGCUGUGAAAGUGUUGAAAGCAAUUGGCAUCCAGAAAGACAAGCAAUUCCUACGUGAGCUUGAGAUACUGAACAGAAUCCGGCAUCCCCAUUUGCUGAUGCUUAUUGGUGCCUGUCCUGAGCAUGGUUGCUUGGUUUAUGAGUAUAUGGAAAAUGGCAGCUUGGAUGACAGACUACGCAGAAAAAAUGAUACUCCACCAAUUUCAUGGUUUGAUCGUUUUCGAAUAGCUUGGGAGGUGGCCUCUGCCCUACUUUUUUUGCAUAGUUCAAAGCCACGUCCAGUGGUUCAUCGUGAUCUAAAACCUGCAAACAUUCUGCUCGAUCACAACUUUGUUAGUAAGAUUGGAGACGUGGGUCUCUGUACGCUCAUUCCAACAGAUCAUUCCACCAUGGCUACGGUCUACAAAAAUACUGGACUUGUUGGCACUUUUUGUUAUGUUGAUCCAGAGUAUCAAAGAACUGGUCUAGUCUCCCCUAAGUCAGAUGUAUUUGCCUUUGGCAUUGUUGUUUUGCAAUUGUUGACUGGGCGGCCUCCAAUGGGGCUGGCCCACUUUGUCGAGAAGGCAAUAGAAGAAGACCGCCUGGAAGAAAUUUUGGAUGCGAGUGCAGGGACAUGGCCCAUUAAAGAAUCCAAGGAGCUGGCAUAUCUGGGGCUGCGCUGUGCUGAAUUCAGACAUAAGGAUCGGCCAGAUUUAAAGGAAGAUAUUCUUCCUGUGCUGAUGAAAUUGAAGGAGUUCGCUGAUGGAGAGAAAUCCUCAAAUCCCAACGCACUUGGUCCUCCAAGUCAUUUCCUGUGUCCCAUACUUCAGGAUGUAAUGGAAGACCCAUGGGUUGCACCGGAUGGCUACACAUAUGAGCGGAGAGCCAUAGAGAGAUGGCUUAGCAACCAAGACACAUCACCAAUGACAAAUUUGCCGUUGCCGAAUAAGAAUCUCGUUCCUAACCGUGCUCUCUCUUCUGCAAUUUCAGAGUGGAAGUCCAGAAACCAUUGACACCUUUCAUUUCAUAACAUACGAAAAAUGACGCCCAUUCGACUUCGCAAAUAUUCAUAUGUUGAAGUGUCUCACGGAGGGGCAGCAAAGGACCCCCAUCUCUAUCAUCGGGUUCUCAUCACCCUGGCAGUUUUACCUUUGAGGUUGUUUUUCUUUUUAUUUGUGGGUUUUUGUUUACCUGGCUAUGUUCAUGCAUUUUUUCCGCGACUUUGUCAAUGGCUUGGUAUGGAACAACUGUUAUCAUUUUUCGUGUGUAACUGAAUCUUUCACUUCUGAUUUUACUUGAAUUUCUCCCAUUUUC